CUAUUCGAUGUAUUUGUACGUAUUGUUCACUCACUACUACAUAACAGUGAACAUGAUUACAGUUGUGUUGUGACUUUAGCUCAUAAAUGGUGUAGGUGCUAAAGUUUUAAAAACCAGUACAUUUACAAUAUUAUUAAUAUUUUCAGUAAAUUUAAGAAUAUAAAUUUACAAUGGCCGGUAAUAAUUCAAGACGUCUAUUCCAAUAUGUGACUGAAUAUUCUUUAAAGCCUGCAAGAAACUAUGCUACAGCUAAGAGAGUGGUGGCUUCCAAGCCCGUUGUGGAGAUGGAUGGUGAUGAAAUGACUCGCAUCAUCUGGGAAAAAAUAAAAGAAAAGUUGAUUUUCCCCUAUGUAAAGUUAGAUUGCCUCUAUUUCGACUUGGGACUUCCGCACCGAGACGCCACCGACGACCAAGUGACCAUAGACGCAGCACACGCCAUCCUCAAGCAUAAUGUAGGCAUCAAAUGCGCUACUAUCACGCCUGAUGAGCAGAGAGUAGAAGAAUUCAAACUGAAGAAGAUGUGGCUGAGUCCAAACGGGACGAUCCGCAAUAUCCUCGGCGGCACCGUGUUUAGAGAACCCAUUCUGUGCCAGAGCAUCCCGCGCGUGAUCCCGGGCUGGACCAAGCCCAUCGUCAUCGGCCGCCACGCUCACGGGGACCAGUACAAGGCGCAGGAUUUCGUGGUGCCUAAGCCGGGGAAAGUGGAAAUGGUAUACACGGCAGCGGACGGCACCGUUCAGAAGUAUCUGUUGUUCGACUUCAAAACCCCCGGAGUGGCCCAGGGAAUGUACAAUACAGAUGAAUCUAUCCGCUCCUUCGCACAUUCUAGUUUUCAAGUGGCGCUGCAAAAGAAAAUGCCUCUUUACUUGUCUACAAAGAAUACAAUUCUCAAGCGCUACGACGGUCGUUUUAAGGACAUAUUCGAAGAAAUAUUCCAAAAGGACUACAAAAAGCAGUUCGACGACGCCAAGAUCUGGUACGAGCACCGGCUUAUUGACGACAUGGUGGCGCAGGCGAUCAAGAGCUCGGGCGGGUUCGUGUGGGCCUGCAAGAACUACGACGGCGACGUGCAGUCGGAUAUCGUGGCUCAGGGCUACGGAUCCCUAGGUAUGAUGACGUCUGUCCUGAUGUGCCCGGACGGCAAAACGGUGGAGUCGGAAGCUGCCCACGGCACCGUGACGCGACACUACCGUAUGCACCAGCAAGGGAAGCCCACGUCCACCAACCCAGUGGCUUCCAUCUACGCCUGGACCAGGGGACUCAUACACCGCGCCAAGCUGGAUAACACGCCUGACCUGGAGCGCUUCGCAUUGGCUUUGGAAGAGGCAUGUGUAGAAUGCAUUGACGGCGGCAAGAUGACCAAAGAUUUGGUGAUCUGCAUACACGGGCUAGCCAACACCAAGGAAGGCAUGUACUUAAACACUGAGGACUUCCUGCUAGCCAUCGCCGACCAACUCGAGCGCAAACUCACUAAGUGAAUUUAAGAAAAAUGCGAGAACUUUUUUAUAGAUAUAUUAAUUUCUAUCAAAUUUCCCUAUAGAUAGUAUUAGAUGAAAUAUUAUUGUAAUUAAUAUGCCAUAUAUUGGAUAUUACAAUGAAUGAUACGAGUCUGAUUUUACAAGUCAUGCGUGGUAUAGACUGAUGGACUAAUUUGUUGGCACUUAAUUCUUUGUAUAACAAACCUCAUUAAAACCUUAAAAAAUACAAUUAAGACGUUAAACCUUCAACAACACAAUCUUCUUCUUUGUCGUUACCUUUUCCCACUGUCUACGUGGGGUCGGCACAGUAUGUUAGUUUUUUUUUCCAAUUCUGUCAAUUGCCAUCUCACUGGUUACUCCCUUUCUCCUCAUACUAUCCUUUACGCCGUCCAUCCAACUCUUUUUCGAUCUUCCCCUAUUUCUUAAACCUUUAAAUUCCAUAUUUAAGGCUUUUUCGUAACAUGACCUUCCUCUCCUGAUGUGUCCGGCCAACCUAGCUUAUUACCAUACAUCUUUAUAAGUAUUGGCGCUACUUUCAUACUUCCUCUUAUAUACUCAUUAUGUAUAUUAUCCAUUCUUGUCACACAUCCAUCGUAAUAUUCGCAUCUCACUUGCAUGCAGUUUCCUUUCAUCCGUCGCUUUCGUUGCCCAACACUCAGCUCCAUACAGCAUGAAAGGUCUGAUGACAGUCUUGUAUAUUUUCCCUUUUUAAUUUAAGAGGCGAACGAGGAUCGCAUGUCAAUCCUGUUACUUGGUACUUAAACAACUCAAUAAAGACGUCAUUAAGUUGGGAAAUAUACGUCCUAAGCAAAAUAUUCCAGAAUUGGGUGUAAUUGGUAAGUUGAGUUAUAAAAUGACUCGGUUCGCUAGGCCAAUAAUUUUUAUUAUAAUGCUCAAACAAAUAGGCAAAAUAUGUUAUAAUAAUCAAUUAUUUAAUUUUCUAUUUUUUUUAUUUUGGAUUUUCCUAAAAAUUGUUAUGAGAAGUGUGCAUCUUUUUAUUCGAUCACACGCUAAUGCUAACAUCGAGUACUAUGCAAAUUGUUUGCAGCGUCAUAAAUUAUUUGUCCCUAGUAAUAUUAGUUAGUAGUGAUCGAUAAGAACUCUUUGUAAUUAUACUUGAAACAUAAUUCGAAUGAUAAAUGAGUGCGGUGCAUGCGCAUUUUUUAUAUAUUGAUUUGCAUGACUACUUUAACCUGCUACUAUAUGUUUAUACUGCUAAUAUACAAUGUGUUUUGAAAAGUUUACAUAUAAAUGACGAAGAAACCUAGUUUUUUAGUUCGAAUAUUUUUGCAACUUAAAGUUUAGUGAUGUAUGUAACCUAUUUCAUACCAGUCUUUUGCCUGUAGCUUCCCUCAGAAAAUAAUUAACCUUUAUCAACUCAGAAGGUCUAGUCUACUUAUGUGUAUGUGCCAAAUUCAUCAAAAUAUGAAAGUAGUUGAUUAUCCGUUAGAAAUAUAAUUUUGCUUCUCAUUGGUUUGUUAGUACUGCACCAAUCAAAAUACAGGUGUUAACAUAUACCUUCAUACAAAAUAGGUAAAAGGCGGCCUUAGAAUAAUGGUAUAAAUAUAUAUAUAUUUCUCAUAGGUAUAUUUUGUGAAUUGUUCACAACUGUUGUGCAUUUCGACUACUAUUUUGUAUGAAUCAUGGGUAAAAAUUUGCACAAGAAAUACCUAGGUACAUUAUAAAUCAUUAUUUUUAUAUUGUAUACUUGUUUGAUGAAUUAACAUAGAUAUACCCAUACCAGUGAUAAAAUCAUAGAAGACUUGUAUAUUAGUUGAUAAGAAGUAUGCAUGAUUUUAGAAAUAAACAUUUAUUUUUACAUAGAAA